AUGGAUCCCAAUCAACAUAGUUCUUGGUCUAAUUUUAUGCCAAAUGGUGGUUGUGUUCCUUCUAUUCCAAAUCAACAAAACAACCCAUACUUUGGAAAUGCACCUUUUAUCUCAAAUUCACACCAUAACCCAAAUUUUCAAAACUCUCCGUUUAUCCCAAAUCCACAAAAUAUUCCACACUUUGGAAAUUACUCAUAUUAUACACCACCUUAUCCAUAUCAACAUCAACCAUUUAUAUCUCAAUCAACUAACUCCACUAUGCCUCAUGGAACUCAAAUAGGUAGUAGUGGUGCGCAAUCAAAUGAUGAAGAACGUGAAACACCACAAUUUUGCACUCAAGAUAGCUUGGAGACUAUUAACUUAGGUGAAGAAGUUGCAUCUGGAGUUCCAAUCCCGAUUUGCGAUCAUACGUAA